AUGGCGUUACACGUCGCUUCUCCAACACCGCUCUCGACAGCCUCGCUCUUCGACGAUGACUGGAAGAACUGUGGUGGUGAUAUCGGAGACCUAGGAGCGAUCGCAGCGUUCAACGACACCUUUUACGCCCACCGCUUCGGCUCAAGCAACCAGACAGGCCCCGGAAGCGAGAUCGACCCUCAAUUGCUCAGCAGUGCCCCUUCACCGGCCAGUACGCAUACAGCCUUCGAUAGUUACAGCCAUGACCAUCAAAACGUUGGCAGUCUGGAUACAAGUAUGUUCGGCUUCUACGCGCCUUCGAACUCCUCCCAUGGAGCGGUUCCAGCAGCCUCGCCGUACUUGCAGCAAACCUGGGGUCCUUUCGGACCACCCCACCAGCAGCGCUCGUUCCAGACUUCACCGCAUCUCCACCCUCAGCUCCAUCGUCGGUCAAUCUCUGAGCCACCAGAACAACACCACAUGCCGUGGCCCCCGCAGCCCCAACCCGUCCCCACCUUCACGCGCUCUGGCACGCCGCUCGGCAUCCCAAGACAGAUGAAUGGUCAGAUCAACAGAGCUUCGUCCAAAAGGCAGCCGCCUUAUCGACAGCACUUCUCAGUGGCAAAGAGACAGGCGCCACGACAAGAAAGAUAUCAGCUCCGGCGUACGCAGACACAGCCGAUCCGAGGUCCAGGAGGCCCAACGAGCGUUCCGCCAUCGCACGUCCAUCAAUCGCCACCAGUACCGCAGAUGAUGAUGUCGCAGCCAGCAUUGAUGCCGCCUCCACCGCCACCGCCGCCGCAAGCACAAAUGGUCAGCUCGCGCGUAUGCACGCCAGGCCCGCCGCCAGCACAUGGCUUGAACGAGGACAACACCAAUGGACAUGCGUCGCCUUCGCCAACGUCAGGCCCAGCGCAGAGGCAAAUUGGCGUCCAGAUCCCGUUAACGCUUGACGAGCUCAAAGCCAUGAUCAAAGGUGCUGUGCAGGAAGCCGUGAAAGCUUCUUUGGCAGAGCUGUCUCGUGGUACAGCAUCGGCGCCGGUUGACGAAACGGCUGCAAGCGAGGAGACAGCAGGGUCAGAGGUUCCGAGUGCGACGGAUGAAGACAAGGACGAUGACACAAUCCAGGUCUGCUAUGGGAUGGAGGGCGUACGCAAUUCGAUUGAGGUGGAUGAUGGGCUUUUCUGA